AUGCUGAUGCUGACUCCCGUCGUCACUGUGUCCUACGAAGCCAAGCGCGCAUUUCUGUGCCUUUCGAUCCUGGAGUUUGUGGUGGGGAUUCUGGCCAAUGCCUUCAUUUUCUUGGUGAAUUUUCGGGACGUAGUGAGGAGGCAGCCCCUGAGCAACUGUGACCUUGUCCUGCUGAGCCUCAGCCUCACGCGGCUCUUCCUGCAUGUGCUGCUGUUUCUGUAUGCCAUCCAGCUUACCCAUUUCCAGCAGAUGAAAGACCCGCUGAGUGUCAGUUACCAAACCAUCGUCAUGCUCUGGAUGGUCGCAAACCAAGCUGGCCUCUGGUUCGCCACGUGCCUCAGUCUCCUCUAUUGCUCCAAGAUCGUCCGCUUCUCCCGCGCCUUCCUGCUCUGCUUGGCAAAGUGGGUCUCCAGGAAGAUGCCCCAGAUGCUCCUGGGUACAACCCUUUUCACCACCGUCUGCACCGUCAUCUGUUCUUGGGACUAUUUUAGCAGCUCUCACUUCACAGGCACAGCUAUGCUUUUCAUGAAUAAUGAUACAGAGUUCCACCUGCAAAUUAAAAAUCUCGGUUUCUUUCAUUCCUUCCUCUUCUGCAGCCUGGGAUCCGUCCCGCCUUUCUUGUGCUUUGCGGUUUCUUCUGGGGUGCUGAUCGUCUCCCUGUGGCAGCACAUGAGGACGAUGAGGGCCAAAACCAGAGACUCCCGGGACCCCAGCCUGGAGGCCCACGUCAAAGCGCUCAAGUCUCUCGUCUCCUUCCUCUGCCUCUACGUGGUGUCACUCUGCGCUGCCCUCCUCUCGAUGCCUUUACUGAUACUGUGGCACAACAAGAUUGGGGUCAUGAUCUGUGUGGGGAUCAUGGCAGCCUGUCCCUCGGGGCACGCGGCCAUCGUGAUCUCAGGCAAUGCCAAGCUGAGGGCGGCUGUGGACGCCAUCCUGCUCUGGGCUCGGACCAGGCUCACGGUGGGAGCGGAGCACCAGGCAGAUCCGCUGGUGCCAGAUCGAUGCUGA